UUCUUUUAGUUACGGGGAGAAGCGGACCGCGGAUCGCUGGGGCGUUCUGGCAGAAGCACUGGGCUGUCAGUAUGCAACGGUUGCUCCUUCCGCCCCUGAAGGCCUUUAUGGGGAGUCGCAAUGUCGGGCUCCUGGUCCCUAGGGUGGCGUCCAGAACACAGUGUGGCGGCAGCUAUGUCAGCCGGUGUCCUCUGAGGCCAGGGCAGUACGGCACCAUCACUGAAGUGGCUUUGCAAUCUGGAAAAGGGACAGUGUCCCUUCCUUCAAGGGCAGCCGAGCGAGCAGUGGGCCGAUGGCUCCUGGUGUGCAGUGGAACAGUGGCUGGAGCGGUUAUUCUGGGAGGAGUGACCAGGUUGACAGAGUCCGGCCUCUCGAUGGUAGACUGGCAUUUAAUAAAGGAGAUGAAGCCGCCCACAACCCAGGAAGAGUGGGAAGCAGAGUUCCAAAAGUACCAGCAAUUUCCAGAAUUCAAGAUCCUGAAUCAUGACAUGACGCUGGCAGAAUUCAAGUUUAUCUGGUACAUGGAAUACUCACACCGGAUGUGGGGUCGAGCUGUGGGCCUUGCAUACAUCCUGCCUGCUGCCUACUUUUGGAGAAAGGGUUGGCUCAACCGUGGCAUGAAAGGACGUGUUCUCGCCCUCUGUGGCUUAGUCUGUUUCCAGGGUCUGUUGGGUUGGUAUAUGGUGAAAAGUGGAUUAGAAGAAAAACCAGAGUCUUAUGACAUCCCUCGGGUCAGUCAGUACCGCCUCGCAGCCCACCUGGGGUCAGCACUGGUUCUCUACUGUGCCAGCCUGUGGACCUCCCUGUCACUGCUACUGCCUCAGCACAAGUUACCAGAAACCCGACAGCUCCUGUGGUUGAGACGCUUUGCUGGUGGAACAGCGGGCCUGGUGUUCCUCACAGCUCUCUCAGGGGCUUUUGUGGCAGGGCUGGAUGCUGGCCUUGUUUACAACUCCUUCCCCAAAAUGGGAGAAUCUUGGAUCCCAGAGGACCUCCUGACCUUCUCUCCUGUCCUGAAGAAUGUUUUUGAGAAUCCUACCAUGGUUCAAUUUGAUCACCGGCUUCUGGGAAUCACGUCCGUCACUGCCAUUACAAUGCUCUACUUCCUGUCCCGGAGAAUCCCCCUUCCUCGACGAACCAAGAUGGCGGCAGUGACUCUGCUAGCUUUGGCAUAUGCACAGGUGACCUUGGGCAUUAGCACUCUGCUUAUGUACGUUCCAACUCCACUGGCUGCCACACACCAGUCAGGCUCCUUGGCUCUGCUCAGUGGUGCCCUGUGGCUCAUGAAUGAACUCCGAAGAGUCCCAAAAUAAUUCUCAGAGGAUCAUUUCCUAGGACUGGAACUGCCUUGGGAAUUCAUCACCAAACACAAGAACUUGGCCUUUUCUAGGACUGUGGUAUUGACAUGCCACAUGGUUUCCAAGUUGGUCAAGUCAUUCAAAACUGUUUUGAGAUGGGCAGUGGAUCAAGAACAUUACUAAGGUGUGCUUAUACCAGCGGUCAGUCUCCUUUACAAAUCUGAGCAUAAACACGCAUUUGCUGUUUGCUGCUUCGUAGCAGAAGGCUGACUUCUUAGACCUUGGUCUCUACGUGCUGCAGACUCCUACACACUAGCCAGGCUGCUGUGACAGUGACAGACUCAAGAACAUGUGCCCUAGUGGAGUUACUCGACCAGUUGACUGGUGACUGAAUGUUGGUUUGUUACCAAGGUGUAGACCUUGUCAUAUUUUCUGUUUUUUAUAAGCAGCUAACUAGCUAGAUACAUGAAGUGAAUAUUCUUUUAUGUUUAUUUGUGUUUGUGUUAAUAUAUGCCGUGUGUGCAGGUGCCCAUGGAGGCCAGGGAAGGUGCUGGAUCCCUGGAGCUGGAGUUACAGGUGAUUUUAAUAUGCCUAAUACGGGUGCUAGUAACCAAAUACAGGGGCCUCUGGAAGAGCUGCAGGCACUUUUAACAGCUGAACCAUCUCUCCAGCCCUGGAGUAAAUAUUAUUAAAAUUAAAUGGUGACAAUUUCAAUUUUUAAAAAAUAUAUGGAGGCUUAACAUGUCUGAUCUGAGGUUGCACAUUGCAGUUUCUGAACAAGAUGAUCAGGGUUUUAACUCUAAUUAUUCUGUGAGUCUCAGUAUAUCCUAAAGGGUACUGGUCUUAGCUAUUAGCAAAAGCAAAGACACAAGUGUUUUACUCCCCAAGUCCCAGGCCCUGGUGGGCUUGUGUUAUUGCACAACCUCAGAACUCAAGACUCAUCCUAGACCUGUGAGAUCACAAGACCUCAGAACAGGACUGGGCUGGUUUUAAGUUCUGCUAGCUUGUUCCCAUUCCCACCAAAUCUCAACCCCACCAUCCCUGCCUCAGUUAAUGUGUUGGGCCUGUCUGUGUGUCA